AUGGAACCCAUGACGGAUCGCGACGAGAUAUUCGAGCGGUUUAACCCGUAUGCGACAGCGGCUGCUACAAUACAGGCUGGAGAUGAUACAGGGCUGUUUGUACCAGAGUGGGACGGGAACUUUGAUGAGGAGGGUCAUGAGGGCUAUACUGGAAAGGAAUUUGUUGUAUAUGCUGCAGUGCAGUUUAUAGCAAAAGCCCUAGCAAACCCUUUCGAGGUCGCCACCAUUCUCCAACAAGUGCAGUUUCUCCCAUCUGACAGUUACCUUGCCCGAUAUGGUUCCAGAUCAUGCGAAAUAGAGGGGGACAGUAGCGAUGUGCCUGAUGCCGACCCAGUUGAUGCUUCCGAAGACGAAUCAGAUGACAGUGUGAAUGCGUACGCUUUUCAUGCUGAAAAUGGGGGACGAUCGUUUUCGUCUGAUGCGAAGAGUGCUGAGACCGCUGUUGCGGAUGCGUCGGGGUACCUGAUGAAGGCGGGACAUAACGAAGAUGAACCCACCCGCCCUCCGUAUCAGCUUCCGCCGCUGGAGGGAUCGACGUUGGCGACUGUGGGAGAAAUAUUGGCGUCAAAUAGUGAGGGAUUGCCUUCUUUGUGGAAAGGACAAAUCCCAUCAUGGCUACACGAAACCAGCCACUCUGUUCUCCAACCCAGCAUAGAAGGCAACCUAACCGAAUUUAUCCGCGAGCACGAGCCCUUCUCCAUCACUGACGUUGACGACAUUCUCCCUUCUCUCGCCACCAAAGUCGCAAGUCACGCUGUAUCCUCGUUUAUUCUAUCUCCACUUGAUCUUGUUCGCACUAGACUCGUGGUGCAAACAUCAAAUCCGUAUCACCGAAAAUAUAAGGGCACCCUCCACGCAUUCCGUACCAUUAUAUCCGAAGAAGGUUUCGUCUCUUUAUACGCCGGUCGCCACCUCAUCCCAACUCUCCUCCAUCAAACCCUCAAACCGCUAUUUCACUACUCAUCAGCCUUCGUUAUCGAAAACGUCCUCAACAUCUCGUCGGAAAUGAGUCCCUUGUUGUACGCACUCGCUGAACUCGGACUGAAAGCCGUGGAACUGGUGGUCAUGCUCCCUCUUGAGACAGUGCGGAGACGGUUGCAGUGUCAGGUGAUAACCCGUGUCCCAGGAGAUACAUUCGAGGGGUGUGUGGAGCAAAAUCCGAUUCCGUAUACCGGUUUGGUGGAUUGCGCUGGGAGAAUUGUGCUCGAGGAAGGGGGAGUGCGGACGCGUGCGAAAGGGAGACGAAGAAGGAAGAGGAGAAAGGGUCAGCCUGUGACCUGGUGGGGUAGCUGGGGCGUUUCGGGGCUAUAUCGGGGCUUUAGAAUGAGAAUGGUGUCGGCAGUUGUGUUGAUGGUUGUUAAUACGGUAGCGGAUAUGCUCGAUGUGCCAGAGGAUGGGAUGGCGUAAUUUAUCUGGGUGGUUUGUCCGUGAUUCUCAUUUCUCUUUAACUUCCAUACAUUCAUGUAAUAAGAUUUAUUCACACGUCUUCAGCACAA